GUCGAUCAGUCUUGCUUCGUCAUCAGAGGAAUAAGUCACGUUAUUCGCACUCUUUCUCUUACAAAACAUUCUUUAUUUGCAUAUUGUUUUUUACUUAGGUAUUUUUAUAAUAAUAAGACAGAAUGUUGGAUUAUUGUUUCUGGAUUAUUUUAAUUAUUUAUUUCAUUGACGUAAAUUAUUUCUUUCGACUAAUAUUUACUUUCGUUUGGUCUAAAUGUAUACAAAAGAAAACAAAACUUAUGAAUGAAACUACAAUAUAUGGUAUAUGUACUACUCAAGAUUUGGACGCUGUAAUGUCACAUAUGAAUAAUGCAAGAUAUCUACGUGAAAUAGAUUUUGCUCGUUUUCAUUACUUCAUCCAAACCGAAGCAUUUUCCUUGAUGAGGAAAAUGGGUGCCACGGCAGUUCUCGGUGGUUCAUCCACAAGAUAUCGACGACCGAUUCCUUUCCUCAUGGUAUACAAAAUCACGACAAAGCUUAUUUAUUGGGACGAAAAAAGUUUAUAUUUCGAACACAAGUUCAUCAACCUCCGAAAUAAUUUUAUUCACACGAUCAUUCUCACCAAGCAAACAACGAUCGGUUUGAAGAUAUCUUUGACCGAGUUCCUCCAAAAACUUGAACCUGAAAUUAGUUUACCUGAAAUAACCCAAGAUCUCAAAUUAUGGUUAGAAUCGAUGGAAUAUUCCUCUCAGAAACUCAAAAAGAAGAAUUAAAAGAAAAAUCUUUUUCUUUUUCUUUUUUUUUUUUUUUCAAUAUCUAGAUUUUUCACAAAGUUCUUGAUAUUAUAUACGAGUUCUAUUUUAAUUAUUUCACCUCAAUUUAUAUUUAAUUAAAAAUUUGUCCGUAUAUCUUUCGGGUGUUUUAGGUUAAUGAAUAUUUUUUCUAAUGUUAUAUAAAAAAUGCGUCUUAUAUUUGCAACGUAUAUAGAAUUAACAUUUUUUUUUAUUAAUUAUAUUUAUGAUAUAAAAAAUAGAAAAAACCGAAUACCAGUGGGAGAAAGCACUAGUUAUGUUAGGUUAAAAACUCUCCUUGUCAUAUCGAAAGAAAACAAAUGAAUCACUAGUUCAAUGAAAAGACGGCUUAACAGUGACUUAAUUUGAAAACAAAUGUAAUACGUACCAUUUAAAAGUUUUAAAAACUCUAUGAUAACUUUUUAAA